AAAGCGGUUAUGGGUGCGAGGGACCAGUAUAAAUAUUGCACUCACGAGAUCCCAAAGUCAGUGAAAGUUUUAGUUCGAAAGCAAUAUCAUGGUUGGUAAAAUAUUGAUUAUCUUUGUUGCUUUCGAAGUUUGCUCAGUUCAAAAUGCUGUUGCGGCGAAAGAAUGUAAAGGGGGGGAUAAGUGGGCGAACGAGGGAAAUCCCAUUUAUUAUUACAACUGCUUAGUCGACGGGGUUCAAGUUCAACUGAAAUGUCCUCCAGGACAAUAUUUUAAUAACGUGGCCGGGGCAUGUGUUACAGGAAACCCGGCAAAUGCUUCUGGAACUGUUACUACUCAACCUACAAAACCUUCCGGGAAUGAAACUAAUUCCGCCGGUUCCCCUGAAUCUACCAACUCCACCAGUUUACCUGAAGACGGCCCACCUACUGCUCCUAUUGUACCACCUACUGCACCAGUCAGCUCUGGAUCAGAAACUGAAUCUGCAAACAAAACUGCGGGCUCACCGGAAACGGAUCCAUCACCUACUUCACCAAAUGACUCCGGAUCAGAAUCUGGUUCAGUAGAUAAACCUCCUGAAUCCUCAAAUUCAACCAACGGAGGGCCACCUACUCCUCCCAAUGCACCACCUACUCCACCAAGUGGUUCUGGAGCUGAAUCUGGAUCAGCAACUAAACCCCCCGGGCCACUCACUCCUUCUACUGCACUACCAACUCCAUCAACCGGAUCUGAAUCAGGAUCAGGAUCGGGAUCAGCGGUGCCGACUCCCGCAACGCAGCGUCCCACCCCUCCGCAUGAAACGUGACUUAUAGCAAUCCUUAAUAAUGAUGGUUCUAACCUUAAAAUGACAGAUUGUUCAUUGUAAAACUCGCUAUUAAACUUAUUAUUACUAAUUUCA